AUGGACACCAAAGAAAAGCGGGAUAGCAGCAGCAUUGAGGAGGGCAUAGCAGAAAGCAAUGUCGUACAGACACAUCCUCAGUACCAUUUCGAAGUACACGACCUUGACCGUGUCCAAAGACGUUUAAAGCAGCGCCAUGUGCAAAUGAUAGCUAUUGCUGGGACAAUCGGAACUGGAUUGUUUCUAGGUUCAGGGCACGCUUUGAAUUCAGCAGGGCCGUUGGGUGCUCUAAUUGCCUACGCCCUCGUUGGAACCGUCGCCUACUCAUCUCUCUGCGCCGUCGGAGAAAUGACAACAUGGGCCCCGAUAUCUGGAACCUUUCCUCAUUUUGCUGCACGUUGGGUUGACCCCGCUUUGGGCUUCGCGGUUGGAUGGAACUAUUUCUAUACCAAUGCUAUAUCGACGCCCGUAGAAGUUACUGCUGCCGUCAUCCUUCUCACUUUCUGGGAUUCAGACACUAACCACGCUGCCAUCUACACCGCGGUUAUUUGCGUCCUAAUCAGCCUUAUCAAUAUAUUCGGCGUACGAUACUUCGGAGAAUCUGAGUUUUUCUUCUCGAUAGUCAAAAUCACUCUCAUCAUCGGUCUGCUACUUGCUGGACUCGUUAUCGACCUGGGUGGCGGUCCUAACCAUGAUCGCAUUGGUUUCAGAUACUGGAAGAACCCUGGUGCAGUUGCUCCUCUGGGCUUAGAGCCUAAUCAUAUUCCUCUGGACCGUUUCCUGGCCAUUCUCAGUGUGCUCGUCCAGGCUGCCUUCUCAUUCCAAGGCAUGGAAUUGGUCGUUAUCGCUGCAUCGGAAACCGAAAAUCCUCGUCGCAAUAUUGCGAAGGCAGUCCGUCGUGUAUUCUAUCGAAUCUUGGUAUUCUAUAUUCUUGGUAUUCUUAUGAUUGGAAUGCUUGUCGCCUACAACGACCCAGACUUGCUUAGGUCUACUGGUACUGCCGCACAGUCACCGUUCGUCAUAGCUAUUAACCGUGCAGGGAUCAAAGUCCUUCCUCACAUCAUCAACGGAGCCAUCUUUACAAGUGCCUUCUCCGCCGGAAACAGUUUCUUGUUUUGCGCGUCGCGUGUCCUCUACGGGCUAGCACUACGUGGACAGGCACCUCGAUACCUCACAUAUUGCACCAAGAACGGCUUGCCCCUCUAUGCCGUCUUGACCGCUUCUGCCUUCUCAUUUUUGUCAUUUAUGGGUGUUUCGGAAGGCUCGAACACGGUAUUCAACUGGUUCGUUAAUUUGUCCACUACAGGAGGUUUACAAGUUGGACGCGGUCUUCUGGCUCAGGGCUACGACCCGAAGAAGAACUCGUAUAACAAUAGCUGGCAGCCCUAUGUGGCCUACUGGGGUGCAGGCUGGACCCUCUUCUUUAUUAUCAUCAAUGGCUUCACGGUCUUCUGGGAUUUCAAUGCAGCGGGUUUCCUGACUGCCUACAUCAAUAUUCCGAUCUUUCUGGUACUCUACUUCGGGUACAAAAUUGUUAAACGGACCAAGGUGUGGAAACCUAUGGAGAUGGACUUCGUUACUGGCAUCCCUACUCCUGAAGAGACUGAGUUGCCAGAGGAGCCCCCAAGGAAUAUUGGAGAGAAGAUCGCGGCAGUUAUUUUCUAA